AUUUAAUUAGUAAUAUUUCUCCAUCGAUCCGUUUAUUUAUUUUACAAUUUAUGUCAAAUCUACAUCUCGAUUCAUUUUAGGUCCCAAUCUUGGAUAUUGUGUUGCCUGGAAUAGCUUUAAUAGAUCUUUUAAUAUUAAAGUUUUGAUAAAAAGAUAUACAAUAUAUCGUAGGAAAAAAUGUGAAAAAUAAAUGGGAAUGUAAUUCCGUAAUUAAUUUCAAAUUAGUUUGUUCUUAAAUGUUAUCGCUUUUGCUACGAUGCUCUCUAAUGCAAUGGUAUGAGUGACCCAUGUAGGUUUUUACUUUCACUUCGGCCAUUUCUAUUUAAUAUUGAUGAAAUCGCAUUCGAUAUUUCGCGAAAGUAAGAGAAGUCGCUUUGUUAUUUCAACAAUCAAACAUCGCUCGUUAUCAUGUUGCAGACUAAGGUCUUAUCGAUUACGAUAUCAAUAUAAUCUCAGAAGAUUUUCAAGCUUUCCAGAAAUAUUUAGUUGAUACCAUUGUGAAGGAGUAGACACAUGUUACGAGGAAACAAGUUUUUGACAUAAGGAGUUUACAUAAGUCAGUCGUUCAAACACGUAUUCUGUAAUUAUUAACUAAGAGUACUAUAUAUCAUUUUAUCAUAAUCUAAAUAUAAUUUGUAGCAUAUUCUAUAAACAUAGUAACAAUGAACGAAUUUAACUGCUCUUAUAAUAAUUUAAAAUUUGAUGAAGCUUGCGUAAAUAUAAUAUCUGACAAUAAAAGUUUUAAUAAGUGGCUCUAUUCGCUCUCUACGGAUUGCAUAUCAUGUCCGUAUAAACGAAUAGCGCAAAUUUCAAAUAAUGUUAGCUUAAAAUUUAGUACAAUUAAAGCAAUAAAAUGGAGAGUGUUAAACAAUGAUGGGAUUGACGAAUAUGUAUCUAGCAAAAUUACAAGUAAUAUUGUUUGCGAAUUGUCACCAAAUUUAGAACAGUAUGGUUUAUACGAAUUAGCAGUGAAAAAUAAUACUUGCAGCUUUAGAACUUUGAAGGACUCAACAUAUCCAUACACAGAACUCUUCAUUGUUUUGGGAAUAAUUGUACUUAUUUUAUGUGGAAUAUCUGCUGGAAGAUCUUUAUGGUACUUGAUACAAAGACGAUGCAUAAAAAAUGUGGGUGACACAUCAAAUAAUAAUGAGCCAACAAAACGUCGUGUAAAAGCUAUUGAUGCAUUCAGAGGGGUCAGCAUUCUUUUCAUGAUUUUUGUUAACGAUGGCUCUGGUAGUUAUUCCAUAUUGGGACAUGCAACCUGGAACGGCUUGUUGAUGGGAGAUUUAAUUUUUCCUUGUUUUAUAUGGAUCAUGGGUAUUUGUGUCCCUAUAGCUUUGUCCGCGCAAUUAAAACGUGGAGUGUCUAAGCUUCAAAUCAGUUAUUCUAUCUUAAAGAGAAGUUUUCUUCUGUUUUUAAUAGGCGUAGCGCUGAAUACAUUAGGAACAAACGCGCAAUUGGAAAACAUACGUAUAUUUGGAGUUCUUCAACGAUUUGGAGUUGCUUAUUUAUUCGUUGGCCUAAUGUAUCUUCGUUUGACACCCCAACAAUUAAAAACAGAUCAGAAUUCGACUCGGAUAGUACGAGAAUCGCAAGAUAUAUUAAACCUUUUGCCACACUGGAUCGUAAUGUUAUGUUUAGUAUUUACACAUUGCUCUUUAACGUUCGGUCUUCCAGUUCCUGGAUGUCCCGCUGGAUAUCUUGGGCCAGGGGGAAGGCAUGAGGACGGAGAAUAUUUUAAUUGCACGGGUGGCGCAGCAGGAUACAUUGAUAAAACUGUACUGACUUUGAAUCACAUUUAUCAGAGACCAACUAUCAAAUCCGUUUAUGGAUCCGGUCCUUUUGAUCCUGAAGGAAUUUUAGGAUGUCUCACAGCAAUAUUUCAAGUAUUUCUAGGUGUACAUGCUGGCAUAAUUCUGAUGAUAUAUAAAAAUUGGAAAGAACGUAUUAUUCGAUGGUUAUUAUGGACAGCGUUUUAUGGUUGUCUGGGUUGUAGUUUCCAUUUUACCGGCAUUAUACCCGUUAAUAAAAAUUUAUGGUCUUUAUCAUUCGUAUUCGUCUCAACCUCUUUUGCAUUGGCUUUUUUUUCUAUUUGUUAUUUGCUAAUCGAUGUUAUUAAAGUUUGGAGAGGUGGUCCAUUUAGAAUCCCCGGUAUGAAUGCACUGGUGUUAUACGUGGGUCAUAGUAUGUGUUAUCAAAUUUUCCCAUUUCAUUGGAGGAUCGGCGCCAUGGAUAAUCGCGCUUUAUGUUUAAUUGAAUCAAUUUGGGUAGUAACUCUCUGGACAAUUAUAGCGUACAUUAUGCAUCGUAAACGAACAUAUAUAACUCUCUAAAUUAUAUUUAUUUAUAUAUAGCGAAAUUAUUACACUAUAUUUUUAAUUUAAUUUAAUUUAGUUAAAUUUUACAUAAACAAUACAUAUUAUAUUAUGUUUAUGUUUAUAAGAUAAAAAGUUACAUUAAAUAAUAAUAUAGUAAAUUAUUUACAAUAAAACAAAAUUUUUAAAUAAAUAAAUGUAAUUAGUA